AUUAAGAAAUAGACACUUUCAUUUUGAAACGUUUGAUAAAAAAUGUAUAUUGUAAUAAGAGAAUUUAAAAGUAAUGAUAAAUUACAAGCAAAUGAAGUGCUUAAAGAAGGAAUUUUAUCAAAUUUACCAACAGCCUUUUGGACGGCGUGUACAAGAGAAAUUACAUUUCAACUAGUGGUCCUCACAGCAGCAAUAAUGUUUAUAUUUCUUGGAGUUCCGUUCUUACUGUGUAUACUUGCCGUGCCUUUAGUGUUAUUGAUUAUUUAUUUAUCCAUAUAUGCUUCUCAUUUAAUGCGAGUAGCAGAAUAUCAUCAAGGACCAGUCUCAAAAUAUUGUUGGGUUGCCGAAGCUUUAGAGCCCUAUUUUUUUACACAACAUCCAAAAGACAUAGCAUAUACUAUAAUCUCAGAAAAUGAUACUAGUUUUAAGAAAUUGGAUAUGGGAUCAUAUCAAAGAAAAAUUAUUGGGACUGUUUCUGUUGAUCGACAUAGAAACAGACAUUAUUCAGCAUGGUUACAUAAAUUAGCAGUUGAUACAAAAUAUAGGCGUAAAGGAGUAGGAUCUGCUUUAAUAUUAACAGCUGUAAAAUUUUGUGAGACCGAAAAGUAUGAAACUAUUGAAUGUGCUUCCAGUGAGUGCCAGUUACCAGCUCGUCAGUUAAUUUUAAAUUCAGGUUUUCAGUUAAUGCAAAUGUAUCAUAAAAAGUUAGCAUUUGCUUCGUUGGAAAAAUAUCAUAUGGGACUGGAAUUAUGUCUUCCAUCAAACACAGAUGAAUUAAUUAGAUAAUUGUGAUAUCCAUGAUAUAAAAAUUCCUUCUUUAUGUAAAUGAGAAUCUCAUUCC